AUUAUUAUACCAUUUCCUCCGCGGCUCCGCCAGAUGAACUCACUCAUUCCAUCUUCCCACUGUUGAUUUAUAUGUAUUUUUUGUUUGUUUGAUUCCCAUUUACCGGGUUUUUUUUUUUUUUUUUCUGAAUAGUUGCCACUUCUCACUCUUCUGACUUUUUCCUUCUUCUCUGAACAUUGAUUUCUCUGCCUUCUUUCUGGGACUGAAGUUUUCUUCAUUUCUUCGUCUUCUUCACCAAGAAUCUGAUAUUUUUUGGAUUGAAUAUAGUGGGUUUUCUUUUUCUUGGGUUUUUGUUAUGGAAACAUCGGAUUCUGCUGCUGCGGAUUUGGAUUCUGGGUCACCUUCAUCGCCAAGCAAUGGUGGGGGAACAAUUAGAAUCGUUCAGUUUCCUGCUCUCGGGUUCUUGCAGUCUCCCAUUUCAUCGCUGCUCGAGUAUUCCGGCUUCAUCCGGGUAAGGCCGGAUUACCCCUAUUCCGAGACCCGUCCUCUCGUAUCUGAGAGUACUAAUGCCAGUGUCAAUGUUCAAAGCUCUGGCAGCAAUUCAGCGUCAGUUAACGGUAAUGAUGGUGUUGAUAGGAGUGGAGAUAGCAAUUCUGGUGAUAGCAGUAACAAUGGGGAGGUCUCGAUUCGGAUUAUCGGGGAGCAGGAUAGGGUUGGGGGUGCGAAUAAUGGCGAGACUGGUGGUAAUGGGGUGGGAUUGGGUGCGGAAGGGUCUGUCGUCGGGCCUGAUGAUGUUAAUGGAAAUAGGCGUGUUAAUAGUGAUAAUGAUAACAAUAAUAGGGAAGCAUUGUCGUAUCAAAGAUAUGAUAUACAGCAGGCGGCUAGGUGGAUUGAGCAGAUUCUUCCGUUUUCGUUGCUGUUGUUGGUUGUUUUUAUCCGGCAGCACUUGCAAGGAUUUGUUGUUACCAUUUAUUGUACCGCCAUCUUGUUCAAGUCCAACGACAUUCUACGCAAGCAAACUGCUCUAAAGGGAGAAAGGAAGAUUUCCGUCCUAGCUGGUUAUUCAGUUCUUUUCAUGCUUCAUAUAUUUGGAAUCUACUGGUGGCAUCAUAGAGAUGAUCUUAUCUAUCCAUUGCUCAUGAUUCCUCCAAAAGCAAUCCCACCUUUCUGGCAUGCAGUAUUUAUCAUCCUGGUAAAUGAUACAAUGGCACGUCAGACAGCAAUGGUCUUGAAGUUGGUUCUAUUAAUGUAUUAUAAGAAUGGUAGAGGGCACAAUUUCCGCAGACAGGGGCAAAUGUUGACUUUGGUUGAGUAUACACUGCUUCUGUACCGUGCUUUGUUGCCGACCCCUGUAUGGUAUAGAUUCUUCCUGAACAAAGACUAUGGGAGUCUCUUUUCAUCGCUGACGACAGGAUUGUAUUUAACUUUCAAGCUAACAUCAAUUGUUGAGAAGGUUCAAUCUUUCUUCGCUGCCUUGAAGGCAUUAUCCAGGAAGGAAGUCCACUAUGGGUCUUAUGCAACACCCGAGCAGGUAAAUGCAGCUGGAGAUCUAUGUGCUAUAUGCCAGGAGAAGAUGCACGUGCCCGUCUUACUACGCUGCAAGCAUAUAUUCUGUGAAGACUGUGUUUCAGAAUGGUUCGAGAGAGAGAGAACCUGCCCUUUAUGCAGAGCGCUGGUUAGACCGGCUGAUCUUCAAUCAUAUGGGGAUGGAUCAACCAGUCUUUUCUUCCAGUUGUUUUAGUGGAACUUUCCACAACCUGCUCGGCACAAACUGCAUUUCCCACAACUAACUUGCAUACACAGAAGAAAACUGAAAAUUCGUCUGCUGUGCAUUGCGACAAUCGCUAUGAACCUUCGGCUGUCAGCCCAACAGGAUGCUUAUGUAAGGUAUUUAAAUAGUUCUCUUGAAACAUCUGAGAAAGUUGAGGUUGAUGCCCAACAGGAUGCUUAUGUAAGGUAUUUAAAUAGUUCUCUUGAAACAUCUGAGAAAGUUGAGGUUGAUGAGAGGAUAUAUAUCGGUACCAUGUCCCUAUAUAUAUAUUGUUACAUCUUUUACAUUGAUUAAUGAUAAGUUUUUUCUCUUAUGUUGUAAUA